CCCUAACUGGGACUUUCGGCUUUUGAAUCAGAAAAUAAGAAAACAGAUGAACAGAAACGACGAAACUAAGACCUCCUCUCCCGUGUAAUGGUUUAAAGAAAAAUUAAGAUUUAGCAAGUUGUGUACUAAGUAAAAUAAGAAAAGCAAAUAUUUUACAAGUGGAAAAAGAAAAUUAUUUGCAACAAAAUAGAAAAUGUGAUGUCAAAUAUUAAGCAGAAAAAUUGUCGCCAGACAAUUGGAAAGAAAAUUGUAGAAUACAAAAAAUAGAAAAAAAGGAAGUGGCAAAACGACAAAUUUAUUAGAAAGCAGUGUAAUAUCCGUUUAAAAUGUUUCUGUGUAAAAAGUGAAGUUUAAUACUGAAAAACAAAUGAUAAAUUAAUGAAAAAUUCUGGUCUGGAGUUGAUGAAUACAUUUGCAAGUGUGAAAGACAAAAGACGACUCGCUCCAGCGCGAUGUCGCUGCAGUCUUUUGGGCGUGUAUUAAUCUUGUAAAAGCAAAAUGAAAAACACCAUGCAUUUAAGAAAAAAUUCAUAACAAAUAUGAUUGGUGAUUUUUUUUUGUAAUUUGUCGUCCAACAAGAAUUGAAAAAGCGUUCUUGUGCCUAUUAAAAUGAUUGCAACUUCCUUUUUGUGGUCAAAUUCUUGAUUUGGUGUCUACUACACAAGAAGAAAGAAGUGCUGCGUACGACAUAAACGAAAACCAAGAAAAAGUAAAUAAUCAACGACAACAGCAGUGCACAGCGGCGCGGCAAUGACAGCAGCGACUCCAAAUUCCAAUCAGUGUAAAUUAAUACAAAAACAAAAAUGAUUUUAUCGACAGCGGUCGGGUAGUGUUAUUUUUCUUCAAGGCAAAAAUAGAAAACAUAUUUAACAAAGUCUUGGAAAAACUAUCGGAAGAAAAUUUAUCACAGCAUACACUCCAUUAAUUCUGCCUACCUACAACAAACAGCUAACCACCCACCCACCACUAUCAGGCAGUACGUUGUUCGUUCUCUCGCUCUCUGUCUGUGAAUUACUCUCUCCGCGCGUAAAACGUACUGAGCAAUUACUAUACUACACACAUUUACAAGUGAAGUGACAAAGCGCAGCGCCUUUUUGUGUACUCAAUCAUCCUUCGUGUAAUCCUCUCCGUGUUUCGCCGUCGUCGCCGCGUGUGUCUAUUGUUCUUGUUGCUGUUGUAUAUUGCGGAGUUGAAACGACGAGGAAACAGCAGAUAGAAGAAUUAUACAGAAUUUAUUUCAACAUCUCUUUUUCGUAUCUUUGCUUUGGAACGUACCCCUGAUCUGUAGUGCGGACGACGACAACGACAAUGGGUGCUCAACAAGGCAAAGAACGUGGCUCACAUUCUAGUGGCGGCCAUGGCGGUACCGCCAGCUGUAUUGGUGUAUCUUCCAGUAGUAGUCCGGUUGGUUCUCAUGGCCUGCCGGUGAACGCGUUAGGUGCUGGUUCCACAUUGCGGGGCUCACGCAUCAAAUCGUCUGUACCACCAGCAGCUGUUGCUGGUGGUUUGCAUCGUUCAGUGGGUGGCGGCGGUGGUGGUGUUUCAGCAUCAUCAUCGUGUCAUAAUCCGAAGGAUAAUCGUUGUGCUCCAAUCGGAAUGAACAUAUUCACGGAACAUAAUGGUACACUACACAGACUACCACACCGUGAUACAGGAAAAUAUCAAAUGAAUUUAGAAGCUUUGCUACAAUCACGUCCUCUGCCUCACAUACCACCAGGCUCUACAAUUUUGGGCGGUGUCAGCGAUUCUUCCGAUCAUUUGGUUCAAGAUGGCAUUUCCCUGCAUACCACACAAUCACAUAGUCAAGGACAUAGUUCUACAACUUCAGGUUUUGAAUCGGCCCACAGAUGGACUUCCAAAGAGAAUCUGCUAGCGCCUGGACCCGAAGAAGAUGAUCCACAGCUUUUUGUGGCCUUAUACGAUUUCCAAGCGGGUGGUGAAAAUCAGUUAAGCCUCAAGAAAGGCGAACAGGUUCGCAUAUUGUCAUACAAUAAGUCCGGCGAAUGGUGUGAAGCACAUUCCGAUUCGGGUAAUGUCGGUUGGGUCCCCUCAAACUAUGUCACACCACUGAAUUCGCUGGAAAAGCAUUCUUGGUAUCAUGGUCCUAUAUCACGUAAUGCUGCCGAAUAUUUGCUCAGUUCCGGAAUAAAUGGUAGUUUUCUGGUCAGAGAAAGUGAAAGUUCACCCGGACAAAGAAGUAUUAGCUUAAGAUAUGAAGGGAGAGUUUAUCAUUAUCGCAUUUCCGAAGAUCCGGAUGGUAAGGUGUUCGUUACUGCUGAAGCCAAAUUUAAUACUCUAGCCGAAUUGGUACACCAUCAUAGUGUACCACAUGAGGGUCAUGGACUGAUUACACCCCUCCUGUAUCCUGCACCAAAGCAAAAUAAGCCAACAGUGUUUCCCCUUAGCCCCGAGCCGGAUGAAUGGGAAAUUUGCCGUACUGAUAUUGUUAUGAAACACAAAUUGGGCGGCGGACAAUACGGCGAAGUAUACGAAGCCAUAUGGAAGCGCUAUGGCAACACAGUGGCUGUUAAAACCCUCAAAGAAGACACGAUGGCACUUAAGGAUUUCCUUGAAGAGGCAGCCAUUAUGAAAGAAAUGAAACACCCAAAUUUAGUGCAACUAAUUGGUGUUUGCACACGAGAACCUCCUUUUUAUAUUAUCACCGAAUUUAUGUCUCACGGCAAUCUUUUGGACUUCUUACGUUCUGCCGGCCGAGAAACAUUAGAUGCUGUGGCCUUACUCUACAUGGCCACACAAAUAGCUUCGGGUAUGAGCUACUUGGAAUCUCGUAAUUAUAUACACCGCGACUUGGCCGCCCGUAAUUGUUUGGUAGGCGACAACAAACUGGUAAAAGUUGCCGAUUUCGGUUUGGCUCGUCUGAUGCGUGAUGACACCUAUACGGCACAUGCGGGCGCCAAGUUCCCAAUCAAAUGGACCGCCCCCGAGGGAUUGGCCUACAAUAAGUUCAGUACGAAAUCUGACGUUUGGGCAUUUGGUGUUCUACUGUGGGAAAUAGCGACGUAUGGUAUGUCACCAUAUCCGGGAAUUGAUCUUACCGAUGUCUUUCACAAGCUGGAGAAAGGCUAUCGCAUGGAAAGACCACCGGGAUGUCCACCAGAAGUAUAUGAUCUAAUGCGUCAGUGUUGGCAAUGGAAUGCGGCGGAUAGACCGACAUUUAAGAGCAUACAUCAUGCUCUGGAACAUAUGUUUCAGGAAUCAUCUAUAACUGAAGCGGUCGAAAAACAAUUGAACGCCACGACGACGUCAGCGUCAACGACAAAUAUCGGUCAAAGCUUAACGCCACAAAUGACGAAAAAGGGUAUACAGGGUGGUGGCGGCGGAAGUGGUAGCGGUAAUAGUGGCGGAGGUGGUCUAACACCAGGUGGUCAUCACGAUCAGCAAGCCAGUACACCAAUGUCAGAAACUGGUUCAACAUCAACCAAAUUGUCGACAUUUUCCAGUCAAGGCAAAGGCAAUGUACAAAUGCGCAGAACCACCAACAAACAAGGCAAGCAGGCUCCAGCUCCACCCAAGAGAACAAGUCUUCUGUCAUCGAGUCGUGAUAGCACUUACCGCGAUGAAGAUCCAACGGGUGCAUCUACUCGACAACUGAUCGAUGAAAUGCAUACAAAUGGUAAAACUGUUUACAGAUCGUUUACCUUAAGUAGAACUUGUAAACCCUCACAUUCGACCUUUUACUCUGCUUUCAACAACAACUACAACAACAAUAUCAGCAAAAAUCAUAACAACAGCAACAGAUCCUUUGUUGUUAAUAAUCCCUCUUCUUGUACACAAAAAUUACAGAAGAACGAAAUUCAAAAUUCUGUCCCCCACAAUCCUACAACGGGGUUUGCUAUUAAAAAAUCCUCCUCAUGCAGUAGUUUUCUAGUUGAUAUAUUAUUUCGAGGUAUUUGUCCGAAGCGCAGUAAGACGAAAUGUUUGACACGUGAUAUUAAUAAUCUUAAUCAACGUUAUGACUCGGAAAACGACAAUACUGGUGGCGGAGAUCCCGACACUGAUCACACUGGCGAUAGUCUUGAACAAAAUUUACCAACUCAACACCAGCAGCAGAAAAUGCAACACUCUAUGCACGUGGCGGCUGGUAACAACAUCGCUGCACGAGGAGCUCAAACACAUUCCUCGUUCAAAAGACCAACUCCCGUAAUGGGCAAUAGAGGUUUGGAAACACGACAAAGUAAGAGAUCUCAACAUUCUAGACCGGAUGCUACAAACCAAAAUACAGUUGGCACGGCUCAACCAAUACAAGUGGGAGCUUUGGAAGUUAUGAACGUCAAACGUGUCGUCAAUCGCUAUGGUACUUUGCCCAAGGUACAGAGAAUCGGUCAGUUUUUGGAUAGCUUAGAAGAUUCGAACGAAAGCACACCUGGCAUUCUUCCACAGCCUCCUCAGGCAAGUACUAACUGUGUUACAAAUGGGCUCAGUGGACGUGUUUUGAAUUCAACGCCAAAAACGCCCGUUGCUGCAUCACCAUUGCCACAACAAAUGAUAAGAAGCAAUUCAUCGGGUGGUGUUACCAUGCAGAACAAUGCUUCGGCCAGUCUAAAUAAACUCCAAAGACAUCGUACAACUGCUGAUGGCAGCAGCAUGAUGACUUUUUCCUCCUUCCGGGGCAAUAGUUCAAGUAAUUCGCCAAAGCGAAAUCAACAGCCCGCAUUGGCAAAUUUAGAGUUUCCACCACCACCAUUGGAUUUGCCACCACCUCCAGAGGAAUUUGAAACUAUGCCUCCUCCACCACCACCACAGCCAGAUUGUGAUAUUGUUCCUCCAUUCCCCAUGCAAACGCAGCACCACCAACAACAACCGCCACAGUAUUCGGUGGGUAAUAUAUCGGCUAAAACUAGUUGUAAUGAUGUGUCAAAUACAGCACCUAGUGUGGAGGAAGCCAGCUCAAGAUUCGGUGUAUCAUUAAGAAAACGGGAGCCAUCCACAGACUCGUGCAGUUCGUUGGGAACUCCAGCAGCCCCAGACAAUAAUAACGGCAGUCAGAAUCAAGACAUGAAGGAAAAGCUAAUGGCUGAAAUCAAAGACAGACAAGUGAAAGAGAAUAAUUUAGCAUCGGCUAGUCUGCAAAAUGGUAACGGCGGAGGAGUUGAUCCAGUUUCCUUGCUAGUCAACGAAUUGGCCGAAAGCAUGAACUUACCUAAGCAAGCCAAAGUGGCUACAAACAAUACAUCACCGAAAUCUCCCUCUACAACGUCGGAGCAAAAUGCCAGUAACUCGAACACAUUUAAAGCUCAACUUAAGAAAGUCGAACCGAAAAAGGUGCCCACACCUACCCAGAAGCCCGAUGCACCAUCAAACAUAAUUGAUUUUAAGGCACACUUACGCAAAGUCGAAACAAAGGCUAAUGAUAUUAGAGACAACAACCAGAAGGAACCUAAAAAAGACAAUGAGAAAGAAGCAACAAAGACACCCACAACGACAAAUAAUUCCAAACCAAUCAUAAGUUCUGGUUCAUCGACCCUAGGCCAUAAUAAAGAUGAGACCAAAUUCAGUAUUGCUUCCAAUGCAAGCUCAACUGCGUGCAGUGGUGGCGGCGGAGGAAAUCAAACCCAAAAGACUGAAAUCAAAAUAGAUUUACAAGGCCAACAUGUCCAACAACAACAGCAAUCUCAAAAUGCCAACAUUUCAAAUGCCAAUGUGAGCACUGAAAACACAGCUGAAACGCCCCAGCAGGACAAUACAGUAGAGGGUGGUAAGAGACGUAGUACAGGUAGUAUCAAUAGUUUGAAAAAGUUAUGGGAGCAACCAGGACAAAAUCAACCAGACUAUGCAUCUACACAAAAUAUGCAAGGAAACUCCGCCAGCACGAAUAGUUCCAAUCAAUUGUCUCCAAAAUUUGCAUUUAAGCCCUCUUCAACAGGUGUAGGUGGCGUUCUGACCACGCCCACCAACGCUACCAGCGCCACAAAUUCGAUAUCCAACAACACCAAUACCAGCACCAAUACCACUAUCAUGCAUCAACGCACUCAAAUUUCACCAAGAUCUAGCAAUAACAAACCUCCACCACCCAUGCAACCCCCACCUCCACCUCCUCCCCAACAACAUAUACAACACCCCAAUACCAUUACCAACAAUUCCACCGUCUCCAAUGUUACCACCUCAACAACAACAUCUACACAUUUAACCAAUUCCAUUUCGACACAAUUUACAGAGCUCACCAGCAGUAGCAAUAACGGCCUCACCGGCGGCGAACACCAAGAGAAUACAGUCAGCCAAGCCAAUAAUGAUCUCAUGACGCAAUCAAUGUUCGUAGAGAACACCAAUUCCUGCUCAUCCACAACGGGAAACAACAAGCUCUCCUCCUCGACCAUCAAUAAACCGGCCGUUCCACUCAAACCCACCAAACUAACCAUUUAUGCCACACCAAUGGCUCAAAAAAUUGCAUCAGCUGGCGGGAAUACUGACAUUCCCACAAAUGCAGCCACACCCAAUUCCACUCAAAUCUCGCGGGAGAGUAUCUUGGAAUUGGUUAGUCUAUUGGAGAGUUCCCUGAAGCAUCCCGUCAACACAAUAUCCGCCUCCCAAUGGCUGCAACUGAGUGAUAAGUUAAAUAUUUUACAAAAUUCAUGUGUCGUUUUCGCUGACAACGAAUGCAUGCCGCCACACUCCAAAUUCCACUUCCGUGAAUUGGUAACACGGGUCGAAACACAGUCGCAAAGCUUACGCGUGGCCGGCACUAAGAAUGUCCAGGAUAACGAACGUUUGGUGGGUGAAGUUGGCCAAUCAUUAAAACAGAUAACGAAUGCAUUGCAUAGGUAAAUAUUAAGAAAUGGGGCGGGCGGGGAAUUGUGGUUAGAUGCAGAAGGGAAUUUCAUAAAGAGGCAAAAAUAGAAGCGGAACGCCACUGGAAUGAGUAUAUACUAGGGAAUGUAAUGUAAUUAUGGGGGUAGAUUUGGUUUAAGAAAUUCCCUUCUAUGUCUUUGGGGAAAGCAAUGGAAAAAAUUGUUUAAGAUGUUUCGAAAUGUUAAGCGCUUGUCUAAAAGACAGAAAGAUUAAAAAAUAUGGAAGUAUAUUGAAUUGAAAUUAUAUUACUUUCAUGUGAUUUCAUGGAUAAUGUUUUAUUGAUAUCUAAGUAUGCGAAUUAGGUCUUGUUUUCAAAUCAAUUGGAUUGCAAAUGGAAUGCGUCAACCUAUACAAUCGAUUAUGGUUAUAUAUGACUCGAAGACAGCAAUGUGACAACCUUCCUUCGUAUUCCAAAAGUCUGGUGUGAAAUAAACACAUACACUUACAUUCAAAGCAUCUUUAACAAUUAUAAAAACAAUUGUGUUAGUUUUGUUUUUGUUGGAAAAUUUUAAAGUCUCGAAAACCACAAUUCAAAAUUUUUAUUUUAAUUUCUAAGCAAAGGUAUAUUAUUUGUAAGCUUUAGAUCUUCUUUUUAUAACAAAAUAUAUUCAUAAAAAAUAUGGUCAUACAUAUACAUAUAUUUUUCUCGAUAAUCUAUGAAAAAAAUACAGCAACAAAAAUGAUAUAUUUAUAAAAUCUAGUCAUAUAACAAACAAACAAACAAAAAAGAGGAAUAAAAUAAUUAGAAUGUAUAACGCAAGAAGAGUAAAACAAAAAUAGAAAUUACAAAAAAAGUAUAAAAAACGUAAAAAUUAUACCACAAAAACAUAUUCUAAAACUAAAACAAAAAAAGAAACAUCUAAAACGAAAAAUGAAGAAAAAACUCCAUUUAUAUCGUAGAAUGUAGAAUUUCAUAAUUACAUACGGAACAGUAUAAAAUAAAACACUCAUAUAUACAAUUAUCAUACAUAUGCAUACAUUUAUAAAACAUACAAACAUUUACGACAUAUUUUAAUAAUUUAUAUAUUCCAAAAAAAUAAACACCCUAUCAUCGAUUCAGUUCAUUUUCAUGCUAUAUCUUAAGAAGUCAUUCACCUAAUUUCUCUGACAAUUCUCUUCUCACAAUUUUUGUUCAAAUAAAUCUUUAACUUUAAUUUGCAAUUAUUAUAUUUGAUGUAUUUAUUUGAAGUGUUUAUUAUUAUUAGUCUUAGAAUAUUAUUAUAUUUUUAUAGAUUGUUUAUUUUUUCCUAUCAAGCCAAAUUAUUUUUUAAUAAAUAAAAAUUAUGUUUUUAUUAAAUUAAAUAACAAAAUAAUGAUUAUUUUAUAAGACUUCAAUAAAAAAUUAAGUCAUUAUCUUCCAAAUAAUACACAACAUAUUAUGUUUUAUUUUCAAAUGCCAUUUAAUUUUUAUUGUAAUUGGUAAGGUGCAGAUUACUUGGUGACAAAACAAUGUAUGGAAAUUGGUUAAAUUUGCGACUGCCAAAUGUAUUGUUACAUUUUACGGCAAUGUUAUUACACUAACUUUCGUUACCAUUGUUUUUCUUGAAAUUCGUUGUAGAAUCUACGCGUAAAUCUAGAGGUUGACAAACUCCACUUACAAUAUGUUUCUAUUGAAGCUAUUUUUUUAACAGCAUACAGUAGAGCAUUCUUCCAAAUAUGUUGACUUUUGAAGGGAUGGAUAGAUGUUACGUUCUUUUUUACCGCAUAUAAUAUGAGUUAUAACAUAUUUUUAGAAACAUAUAUCCGAAUUGUAGCAUCGAUCCGGGCGACAUACGUGAAUACUACAUAUGCAAAAACAAAAUAUUUGCAGGUCUACGCCAAAUCUUGCAUAGGACCCACCUCCAUUUCAUUCGAUUUCCAGGUUUUCGAAGCUUAUAAAUUAGAAUAACGAAUGCUUCUUGUCGUGAUAAUCCCUACAGAAGAGAUUCUUAAUUGAAUUCUUGAAUACAUCAGCCAAAAAAUAUUUGGUAUACACAAUUUUAAAACUAAUCUUUACCUAAUCUAUUAAUGCUUCUUACUAUAAGCGAUUUUAUUCAAGCAACGAAUAGAAGGUAUCAUAUGCUUAAUAUGAAUUGUUUUUUAACUGUAUUAGGUCUCCAAAAGAACAUGUUGAAAUCUCAGAAUACUUAUCAUCCACAUUAUAAUUAUCAUAGUACAUUCGUCCUACAUAAACUUGUUUUAAUGACUCAAACCUACAGCAUGAAACAAGUAAAAAUAAUGAAAAAGAUUAUUGGUCAUGAUCUCGGUUUAUGGAGCAAACAUAAAGUUAUUUGUCAAUAACGUGGAGCUUUUUUAAAAUUCUCAAUGUAUUUCUCUCAAAAAUGUUAUUAUUAUUUUUUAUUUCUGAAAUUUCUUCUUUUUGAGUCAACAUGAAAAUGAUACCACCAAACCAUUACUGGAACACUCAAAUAUUCUAGUUACAUUUUUCUUUUACAAGUUAUAUGCUUUGUUUUCGCAGAUUAAAUUAAACAGAUAGAACAUAUAAAAAUCACGAAUAUUAAUCUUAGCAUGUAGUUGUACUUGAAAAUAUUAUACGUUUAUGUAGAUUUGAUAUUCAAAUUUUGAUGUCCAUUUUGCCGCAAUUUUUCGGAGAAAACUAAAUAUUUUUAUAGAAGAAAACCAAAAGGAGAAAGUAUAAAAAUAUAAAUACAUAAAAUAUGCUUUUCAGUUCUUUUAUUUUUGGUCUAUAUCAAAAUCAUAAUGAAACUCAGAACAACGCAUCUUUCUUAAAACAAAAAAAGAAUAUACAUAAAUAUAAAAAAUAGAAGAGGGAAUUAAUAAUUUCGUAACCCUUUUAAAAUUAUAAUAUAUGUAUGUGUCGGUGUGAAUUACUAUUAUCAUUAUUAUCAACCUAUACAUAUAUGGAUUACGGAUAUGGAUAUGGA